AUGCCGGCUCAAAUGACUGCCAAUGACGGCACUCCAUUGAAGAUGAUCGAUGGCCCUGACCCCGAUGUUGACGAGAUGGACGAGGAUGAUGCGGCGGCCAUGGCGUUCUACCGAGCAAACAACGUAGAGUCUAAGACAACUAAUGUCACCGUCGGUGGCUGUGGUGCUCAGUGGGAUGAGGACUGUGUGAGGGUCCGCGAAGGUCAGCUUUUUGUCGAUUUGAGUCGGCGAACUCCGCCAGUGGAUGAUACCGCACUAUGUUCGUUUUGUGAAUGGCUUGAUCAGAGGAAAUUGCCGGUUCUACUCGGCAACUAUAAAUAUGUCAAACGCACGGGCGCUACUGUCGAUUUGAGCGACAACCGGGUUGGAGCGCGGGGCAUAGAGAUGCUCUUGAAUACCCUCCGAGCACACGAAGUUCCAUGUGUGGUGAUGCGCGCUUAUAGGAAUGUUCUUACCGAUGAGGUGGUGGAUACGUUUGUUGAGUAUUUGUAUAACCAACCGGCAGCGUUCCCCAUGACUGCCAUACAAAUAUCACAUAAUCGAUUGACCCAGCAAGCGGCGCUCCGAUUGAUCAAGGCAGCUGUUUCUUGCGGACAUUACCCAAUGCGGGUGUCACGGCGUCCGUUGUGGUUGAGGUUGGAGCUGAACGAAAUAUAUAGGCCUGAAGAUAUUGUAAUAAAGGAUUGUUUAGGACAGGGCUAA